AUGGAGCUAGACAACCUCCCCGUUCCCACCCCUCCCACGGCCGUCUUAUUCCCCCCCCCCCCCUCUCCGAAGGGGGCAAGGAAUAUUUCAAUUUUGCAUGUUUACGAUAAGGGCGCGGUGCAGCGAGCGAGGCGCACCGGCAACGUGUCAUUAGCCGCACAUCGACGGAAACGACUUGGAGCGGCGUGCAGUCGGCGGGCGGGCAUCGACCCCGCUCAUUGGGACACUCGCAGCAAUCGAUCAUAUUUCGCGGACGGACACGACACGACCGCGGCGCGGGAACGACGCGACACGCUGUCUUCCGUUGUA